AUGCAGUACACUCCAUUUGCCUCAGAUAUAGAGCUGCCGUUCUAUAUUGCCCUGGCUUCUCUCAAGAUAAAUCAUGACAAGCUCGAUGAUUCCGCGCGCAAAGUUCUGGGCCUGUACGAGUUACGCCCGUCAGACGCUCCCAACGCCUCGUGCAGGAUUCAAAUACAUGGGAAUGCCCUCACUAGCGACGAAGUUCCGUCUACUUAUUACCGAGCGGAAGGCAUGAUAAAAAAUGUUAAUACUAUUGAGGAGUACGCGAAGGCCGAUAAAAUGGGCAUGCUCCAACAGUCUGGAGAAACGAUAUGGAAUGCUAUCAACAACGGCACUAUCUACUCAUGUCCAUCUCUGCUGUCCGCCUUCGUCAUCCUCUCUUACGCUGACCUCAAAAAAUACAAGUUCCAUUACUGGUUCGCAUUCCCUGCACUUCACUCAGACCCGUCUUGGACCCCACUGGAGGAGGGAUGCGAGGGAGCGCAAGCACAUCGACUUCCCAGUGUAGAGAGUUCUGCACUCGCCCGUUCGGUACAAGAGUGGGCUCGCGUUGUAGAUGCGCCGCAACGAGGUUUUUUCCUAGCACGAAGGGUAAGGAUGCGGGAUGAUGAUACUGUCUCCUGGAAAAUCGCAUCCCUGUCAAGCUACGAGGACGGGUUUUUCAAACACGCGGAAUUUGCGGAUUGCUUUACCUGUUUUGUCGAUCCCUCAAACUAUGAAGAGGCCCCUGGCUGGAUGCUCCGAAAUCUGCUCGUUCUCGUGAAGCGAAGAUGGGGACUUACAAAGGUUCAGAUAUUACGCUACCGGGAUGGACCAUCCCCGCGUGACUGCGGGCGGAGUAUUGUGGUGACUCUACGACUGAAGACAUCACAGCUUCCCGAUGGGGGGGUUAAGGAUGACCGUAUGCCUAAGGUGACGGGAUGGGAGCGUAACCCGUCUGGUAAACUGACGGGAAGAAUUGUUGAUCUCACGGAACAGCUAGAUCCCAAGAGACUAGCUGACCAGUCUGUUGACCUCAACCUCAAACUCAUGAAAUGGCGGAUCAGCCCGAAUCUUGAUCUCGAGAAAAUCAAAGGCACGAAAUGCCUUCUACUUGGAGCUGGAACCCUUGGAAGUUACGUUGCUCGAAAUUUGAUGGCUUGGGGGGUAAGGAAGAUAACAUUCGUAGAUAAUGGGUCCGUGUCUUUUUCAAACCCGGUGAGGCAGCCUCUCUUCAACUUUGCGGACUGUCUAGACGGCGGCGCGAAGAAAGCCUACCGAGCGUCCCAGGCUCUGUCGGAGAUCUACCCAGGCGUGGAAUCCGUCGGCCAUGUACUAGCCGUCCCUAUGGCAGGUCACCCUGUAUUGGACGCGGAAAAAACAAAGGCGGAUUUCGAGGUCCUAAAAGGGCUUAUAGAUGCUCAUGACGUUAUCAUUCUUUUGAUGGAUACGCGCGAAUCACGUUGGCUACCAACUGUGAUGGGUAAAGCGGCAGGUAAAAUCGUUAUGAAUGCAGCAUUGGGAUUCGACACCUUCGUUGUAAUGCGCCAUGGCGUCACAAACAACGAACACCCUGAGGAGGAGCUUGGGUGUUAUUUUUGCAACGAUGUUGUGGCCCCCAUGAAUUCCCAGAAAGACCAGACGCUCGACCAGCAGUGCACUGUCACUCGACCUGGAGUAGCUGCCAUUGCAUCGGCUUUAUUGGUCGAAUUGCUAGUCUCGCUUCUUCAGCACCCGCUUGGGGCUGCCGCAGGUGCCCCCCAAACCCCGAAUAACACUCAAAAUGAUCAUCCUCUCGGGGUCAUCCCGCAUCAAAUCAGAGGGUUCCUAUCCACAUUUGAAAACGUCUCUGUGGUAGGUCGAAGCUAUAAAUGUUGCAGCGCAUGUUCCAGACCUGUUAUCGACGAGUACAAGAAAAACGGCUGGAAUUUUGUACAGAAAGCAUUAAACGAAGUAGGUUAUGUUGAAGAGCUGAGUGGCCUCAAAGAAGUUCAAGAAAUGGCAGAAGCGAACCUGGCUGACAUUGAAUGGGACGAGGAUUUGGAACCUGAAGAGAUAACGCCGGUCAUGGAUUAAGCAUACCAAAAUUUCGCGCAUGCCAAGGGGCUGGAUCUUGAUCUCUAGGGUCCUAGUGACUCGUGAGCAAAUCUUGCUUUUUGACGUUGGAUUUGCGGUCGAGAGCAAUGAAGAAUGCCUCCUUAGAUUCCUGCUAGAAAAAAUUAGUCAAACCACCACAUAUUGCCCACUGGUUAGCAAGCAAAUCCAUACACUGCGUGAUGAUUCUGGCUUGAGCCUAUGCACCUUUCCAAACAAUACUUUCAGCUGCUUCU